AUGAGCACCAAUCAUGAGAGUAAUGGUCCGCCCAUGGGCUAUACAUGGCGUUCAUCCAAAGCAUUUGUACUUGCGACCAUUGCAGUCGCGCUGUAUGCCGAGACAUUUCUUUACGGCUUUCUGGUGCCUCUCCUCGGUGACAUGCUUGAACAUCGGCUGAAUGUCCCUCCUUCGAAAACCCAGGGAGUGACAUCGACCGUUCUUGCUAUUCAUGGCGCACUCGGUGUGCUAUCCGGCCCUAUUAUCGGACACUUUAGCGAUCGAUUUCCCAAGCGCAAGGUGCCAUUGCUAUUAUCCCUUGGCGUCUGCAUUGCUGGCACUUAUACGGUCGCGGCUGCCCGUUCAGUCCCUAUACUAUUACUAGGCCGUGUGCUGCAAAGCGUCGCGGGCUCUGCAGUUUGGAUAAUUGGCUUCGCAACGAUCGCAGAUACUGUCAGUCCAGAUAAUAUGGGCUCGGCGAUGGGCCUGGUCAUGUCAUUUGCCAACUCAGGGACAAUUUGCGGACCUGCCAUCGCAGGCCUGUUGUACGAGGCGGUCAACUACUGGGUUUUGUGGUCAGUUCCAUUACUGGUUCUGAUUUUAGAUCUUGUCGCACGUCUCCUUAUGAUUGGGCGUCCUUCCGGAAUCCCAAGUGCAUCUUCUAAAUCCAACAGUCAUGCUUCAGAAGCAACCAGACUGUUACCAUCGCUGGGGGAUCAAGAAGCUUCAUCUGGUACCAGGAGCUUCUGGUGCUCACUGCUAUGCAACGGGCGUAUUCUAAUGUGUUUACUCAUCACAUUCUCGAGCGUGACUGUCAGUACCAGUCUUUAUGCGACACUUCCGCUAUACAUCCAAGACCGGUUUGAGUGGGGUCCAAGUUAUGCCGGCCUCCUCUUUGCUGGUCUUGCCGUUCCGGGUAUUCUAAUGGGCCCUUUCGCUGGCUGGGUCCGUGAUAGAGUUGGAGCACGAUAUCCAGCAACAAUCGGCGCUAUUCUUCAAGCCUUCUUCCUAGGCCUUUCUGGCAUCGCAGGGACGGAUAUAUUCUCUUGGUCUGGAGUCAAGACUGGCGGCAAAGAGAUGUACUCGGCUUCUCUCAUCGCCAUCGGCAUAUUUCGACCAUUUGUCUCUGGUAUCGCGCCCGCUGAAUUGACCGCCGCCGCCAAGAGAAUUCAGAAGCACGCAGUCUCUUCGGGGGGCGAGGAUGGCGUGUCGCGCGUAAUCGCUAUGAUGGACGUCGCUGCCUCCCUCGGCAUGAUGAUUGGUCCAAUCGCAGGUGGCUUGCUUAAUGCACAACUCGGUUAUGAGUAUAUGAGCUUGACGUGGAGUGGGUAA